AUGGCUGGUUGCAUUACUUGCCGCCAGAGAAAAGUCAAAUGUGAUGGAAGACCGGGGCUGUGUCGCCGCUGUGAGAAAUUGGGCAUUCAGUGUCUGUCCACAGGGCCGCCCCUCUCUCCACAAGGCACAGACUUGGUAGCACGGGCCUCGAAUUUCACUCAGGCUGGCCACAAGCGUCUGCGGAUUCCAAUUGCGUGCGAGACAUGUCGAAAGAAGAAGCUCAAGUGCGACGCUCAGAAACCUGCAUGCUCCUUUUGUGUACGGAAACAAUCGCAAUGCCUAUAUGUGACAGCUGGUCGGCGAUGGGGCGAACUAGACAGCAAGAUCUCGCCGAGAUAUGCACCUUCAGAGAGCUCAGAACAAGCCGCCGAGCUACCGAGGAACUCACCCCUCAGCUAUGAUACAUCUGAGGUGAGGGAGACGACUUUACUCUCUAGCCAUGCUGCAGAAGAACAGUUCUCCAGGUCUCCGGGAAGAGUCAGUCAGUCUGAUGUAUCGGCAUCAGAAAGAGGUUCUGAGAGGCGGGUGAAUGAAAUGAGUGUGAACUCUGCCCAUAGCCCAAGGCCGGCUCCAUCCGAGACACAAAUACGCACGUUGGGAACUCCCUCGGGCCAAGAACUGCUACCAUACCUGGAUUCUUUCCUGGAGAAUGUCCACCCAAUCAGUUGUAACAACUUUCUGCAUCCAGGCUACUUGUGCGAAGGCCUUGACCGAGCACCGGCCUUGCUACUGCUCGCUAUUUGUGCAUCGUCGUCCAAAUUUCUUCCUGGUUCCCGCAGCCGUAGGAACGGACUGAAAUGGGCGGCAGAAGCGAGGAGCUUGAUCACGCGUAACUUUGACCACAUUUCAACAAUGACCAUCUCAGCGGUGCAAUUUCUUGUUUUGCACGAGAUGCACGAGGGAGAAUAUACCUCCGCAUGGAACUUAGUUGGAAUCGCUACUCGAAUGUCGAUGCAACUUAAGCUCUAUGAGUCCAACUCACCGGGGACAUUUCUGCAGCAGGAGUGCCGGCGUCGCCUAAUGUGGGCGGUGCUGGUAUCUGAUCUCCUUUACGAGAGCAACAGUCAUAUCGACCUAGAACUGUUGAUGGAUGUACCCUUACCAUGCAAUCUAUGGAGCUUCACCCAAGGACAACCUUGCAAGACUCUGACACUUCGUCAACUUCGCGGCGUGGUUGAAGAUGAGGCAAUAAAGCAGUCCUCUAAUCACUGCGCAUACCUGAUUAACAUUCUGGUGAUUCGACGCAAAAUCUUGACUUACAUGCAAGAAGCCCAAGACUCAAAGAUGGACUUGCCCUGGCUUCCAGGGUCUAACUUCUCCAUACUAUGUGAAGAGUUAGAAACAUGGAGGCGCAACUUACCAGCCAACUAUGCUUUUGUUGAGCGUCACAUGUACACUUUCAGAGUCAGCCGGCAUCUUGACAUCUUUCUCAUGAUCCAUGCGUAUUAUCACCAAUGCUGUAUCAUUCUAUUUGGCGCCUUCGUUCCCGAAGAUGUAGGCUCAAAAAUCCAACGCUUCGUAACGCAAAUUUCUCCCGAGUUCAUCCAGACUUGUUCAGAUCGGUAUGUCUCCCACGCUAGAGAUAUUUCGUUCCUGAUACAGAAGGUCUUAAAAGUCGAGCCGGAUCAUCUGUUCCGUGAUCCGUGGCUCAGUCUUUGUAUCUGGGAUUCGACAUCUGCUCUGCUCGCGUCAACUAGGUGGCAAGAAAAUAGGAAUUCUUACAGGGAUGAUGUCACGGAGCUGGUGAAGUUGAAUCUGCGAGCUCUGGAAAAUUCUAUGCCAAUUAUAGUCCUGGCUAAGAAAGUCGUGUGUGAUGCCAGACCACCUGAUUAG